AUGACCAACGUCUUCAAGGUACCGGAGAAGCGCGAGGAGCUCGUCUACACGGCGAAGAUCGCCGAGCAGUGCGAGCGCCACGAUGAAAUUCUAUUCUGCAUGAAGCGCGCUGUCAAGAUGAACCCGCGGCUGUCCAGCGAGGAGCGCAACCUGCUCUCGGCCGCCUACAAGUACAUUAUCAGUGCCCGCCGCGCUUGCUGGCGCAGCAUGAGCUCGAUGGCGCACAAGGAAGACAGCCACAAGGGCAAGACGGCGAGCCUCUUCAACGGCUUCCAGCAUCAGGUGGAGAAGGAGUUGGCGGAGAUCUGUUCCGACAUUCUGGAGCUUCUGGACAAGUACCUCAUCCCAGCCGCCGACAACGACGAGAGCAAGGUGUACUACUACAAGCUCAAGGGCGACUACCACCGCUACUUCGCGGAGGUGGAGUCCGGCUCAGAUACGCAGAAGAACCUUGCCCUGGAGGCGUACAAGAAGGCGUCCGAGUUCACAACCUCGCUGAAGCCGACCUCGCCGAUCCGCCUCGGCCUCGCCCUCAACUUCUCUGUCUUCUACUACGAAAUUCUGCGCAGCCCCGACAAGGGCUGCCAGCUCGCUCGCCAGGCCUUCGAGGAGGCUCUGAGCGAUCCGGAGGUGCUGGAUGAGGAACAGCACAAGGAGUCAGCGCUCAUCAUGCAGCUGCUGCGCGACAACCUCGCUCUCUGGACGGAGGACUCUCGCCCCGAGGGCCAGGAUGAUGGAACAGCCAUGGAGGAGCUCGAGUAA